AUGUCACAGGAAAUGAAUGAUAAUUGUUGUCCGUUAUGUUUUUCUAGAACGUCAUUUUUUGAUAUUAAUCUUAAUUUAAGACUUUUAAUAUGUGAGAACCUUGAGGAUAAUGGAAAUGGUUUGUACAAUGUUGCUGAUUCACCAGUAUCAGCUUCUACAACACCAAUAAUGACAAGUAAUGAAAUAACAUUAUUGCCAGAAACUGCACAAAUGGAAGCUCAAUCAUCAUUCAUAAUAGCUCCGGCGGAGAUAAAUGACAUGGAAUUAAAUAAUUUAUUAUUACUAAACGAUCCAACAACAACCAUGAACACAAAUAUUUUGCAAGAUUUUUCAGAAUUUGCCGAAUUUGCCGAAUUAUUUAAAGAAUUCCCAGGAUCAUUAGCAUCAAUGUCAGAAGAAACUGUUGAAAAUAUUCUAAAUGAUCAAAUUGCUGUUGCUAACGAUGAUGUCAUUACUGCUGAUAGCAUUGUUAAUGGUGGUGGUGAAGUUGCUGAUCAAACUAAAGAGAAACUCACAGAAGCAAGUGGCAUUGAGGUUUCUAAUAAAUCAAUUUGUAGGGACUUAACAUUUAUUCAUGUGUUGGAGCUAGAUUAUGAUGUUGAAAAUCUUUAUCUUAUUGGUAAAACAUGGUGGUGGGCCUUAGCUAGCAUAGAGUAG